CAAUUGUAACGACAGAAUGUGUUGUUAUAUCAACACAAUGGCUUGAUUGUCAAAUUAAUGAAUUAUUAACCACUUUCUUUAUUAUAUAUGUUUACAUCGUAAAUUUUUUUGAAAUUAUUCCGUACGUAUUAUUGUAAUCUCUCUAAAUAAAGUUAAUAUUUACAUAGCGGAAGAAAGCUAUGACUCAAUUUUUACGAAUGUUCCAAUAUUUUUUUACAAGAAUAAUUCUAAUACACAAAUUCGAAAGUUAUAUCCUAAAAUAGAAUGUUGUUCCAAAUCGUAUUCUUGUUAUUCUUUCUGAAUAAAAUGUCGCUAGAAUAUCUAUACUGCAGGUAGAAUCGAUGAUAUACACAUAAUAUAUUGGCGUAAUUAUAGCUGCGACAAGGCGGCAAUAGUAAAAGUUAGCGUCGGGAAUUUCUUCAAGUACCUUAGCGGCGCGCAGCGUGACUAAUAUCCCAUCGUUUCUCUCUCGCGAAUUAAACGAGCUCUCGACGUCUCGGUUCGUGUCGCGCGGCACACGAGGACUUGACACAUCUCUCGUAUAGAGACGCAGCGCGGACCGAAACGCGAGAAUUCGGAGACUUGUAUCACCGAAUGACACACUCGUGUUACAUCGUUUGAUGCUUACGUCGCAGAGUGCCGGUGAAUGAGGGCGCGUGGAAGGACGCACACGGGGGCCGACGACGGCCUUGAGGCAGGCUUGAACGGAGAAAUAUGGUGCACGAGGGCACAGGUCUAUGGCACGCGGCGGGAUUCAACGCAUCCAAGUGGCUGAUGAUCAUAAUACAUGGAUACCGGGUCACCACCCUCGUCCUGUACAUCCUGCUCAACGUGAUGGUGCGCACCGAAUAUCCAGCAGCAGUGACGGCCGAAAUAGUCGAUGUUAAUAUGAACUCGUUGGACGGCACGACGGGAAAGCCAUUAGAUGUCGAUCUACCACCAACUCUACCGAUGACCUUCGGCACGGAAAAUUCAACAUCGGUUUCGGCGCAAUCAGGGUCCACAGCUCUGAUGCCCUGUGUUGUCCACAAUCUAGGAGAGGGCACGGUAAGGGCUGUUGAAACAUGUAAUCCAUUGAUUGACGCAUGUGAAUUUGGUAUACAAAUAAAUGG